AUGUCAGCUUUGAAUCUCCAGGAGGUCGACUCGCUCGAAGCUGUGGUCAUCAUCGACAAUGAACUAGAUCCGUUGUCACCCCCGCCGCCGGACACCGUCCAUGUCUCAGGUAACAUGGGGAAUAUUGCCAUGGGCUCGUCGCACACCCUCACAGACCGCGGCGGAGCCUGUCAAGAGCUAAAGAUGGAGGACAUCUGCUGUUCGGCACAUGGCCUGUCCAUUCUAGUGACCGCUACCAAGGGAGACAAGAAACAUGCUGUCCUCUUCGACGCAGGCCCGGAAGAGGAUGCGUGGGAGAGGAACGUGAAGCGGCUGCGGCCGGAUAUCUCUUCUGUGGAAGUGAUCCAGCUAUCCCACUGGCAUCGAGACCACUCAGGUGGUAUGCUGCGAGCCAUUCGCAUGAUCAAUGACGCCAAAAAGGCCCAAGGCCGCGCGGAUGACCUCGUCGUGGACCUGCAUCCGGAUCGACCGGUUUACCGGGGGAUUGCGCUGCCAGAACACAUUAUAUCCCUCGAGGCCGAUCCAAAAUUUGAGGAACUGGCAGCUGCCGGGGCUGUGGUUGAGAAGCACAGCGAGCCACACACAGUACUCGAUGAUUUCUUUCUGGUUUCGGGGGAGAUCCCGCGAGUCACGCCAUAUGAAACAGGUCUGAAGAAUGCGGUGCGGUUUGAUCCUGAUGAAAACGACUGGUUCUCCGACGAAGUCAUUGCCGACGAGCGGCUCCUCAUGUGCAAUCUCAAGGGGAAAGGACUCGUUGUUUUCACGGGGUGCAGCCAUGCCGGAGUGGUCAACACCGCAAAGCACGCAGCCGACCUUCUCGUCGGGUCAGCACCUCUGCACGCUGUAGUAGGCGGAUUCCACCUCGCCAUGAGCGAUGAGACCCAAAUCCGAAGCACCGUCACGGACCUCAAACGACUCGAUCCCGCCGUGCUCUUGCCGGGACAUUGCACCGGCUGGCGCGCCAAGUUCGCCAUCGAGAAACAUAUGCCAGGGACCAUGGUACCUUGCACCGUUGGCAUCAAGAUCGGCUUCUAG